AAUAUCAACUAAGCUUGUUUGUUCGCUGAUUUGUGUCUCUAUUAGAUUUGAUCAUUUUUAAUGGUGAAAUGGAAUAAUUUUAAUAAUUUUAAAUAGUGCACGGUAGUAACACAAAAUGACUGCAGUAAUGCAAGCUGCGGACUGUCGCAUAUGCGCUAAGACCGAUGCGGACAACAUGGAAUCUCUAUACGAGUCUAUGCUAGAUGGGAAGACGCCUGCCCAAAUUAUUGAGGAGUGUUUUAAUAUAAUGAUGAUUUCGAGUGAUGGACUGCCGAGCAAACUGUGUCAUAAUUGUAGGGAAGAUUUGAAAUCUGUGUUUCGAUUUCACUCCACAUUACUAGCAUCUGAACAAAAAUUUAAAGCUAUGGUUACUUUGCCGAAAAUUGAAAUCACUGAACCAGGUGAUGGUAACAUUUCGUCGGUAUUCAUCUCUGAAGUGUAUAUCAAAUCAGAGGCAAACUCCGAAUGUGAAGAGGUACCUCAUGAUAACUUUGACACUGAUGAAGAUGAUGAGCCUAUAGCGCGACGAAAAAGUCGCAAUAAAAGGCGAAAGAAGGAAAAAGACACUCGACUCGACUCAGAAUCGCAUAAUGAAGACCAGGAGUUGGACAUAGCAGAUGAAUCAAUAGAUCAGAAACCAAUUGAUGGGCAAGACGCCAAACCGGAUACGUCGAAGCCAGCAAAGAAAAGAUGGAUAGACAUUACACUAGAUAUGAACUCCUCCGAUGACGAUUCAUCCAGUAAUGACCACUAUUCCGACUACGAUAGUGCCAAUAGUUCGAGCGGCGAUGGUGAAGAUCGGAAGCCGAAGAAGAAACGCCUGUACUACGGCGUUAAAGCAGACUCACAACCGAAGAGAUGUUGCGAUUGCAAGGAUUUUCCGUUGGACAGCCAUGAGAAAGUACAGGAACACUCCGACAAAUAUCACUACCGGUACCGAGUGACCAACGAAAGGGAUAUCGAGGAGAAUCCUUUCGAAUGUCCGCACUGCUUCAAACGGUUCGAGUCAAAGAAGGAAUUUCUGCGCCAUCAACGUAAGAUGUAUGUGGAAAGACUGCAUCCAUGCCCGAAAUGUGAUGAGGAGUUUGCCAAUCAAUAUGUACUGCAAAGACAUCUUAAGAUGUAUCAUAAGAAAAAGAUGAUUAUUGAGCGUAUGGAAGAGUUGCGACAGGAAUCGCACAUCUGUUGCGCUUGUAAGAAGAAAUUUGACUCACAAGAGCAACUUCGGGCUCACGCAGAUGAGGUUCAUCUCAAGGAGAGCCAAACUUAUGAUGGUGAGUAUGAGUUUGAAUGUGAUGUAUGCUAUCGGCGUUUCAAAACGCGUCAAUCAAUGAAAGUGCACCAAUAUCGGAUGUUCAAGGGUAAGAAAUUCAUCUGCGCUCUCUGUGGUAAAGCUUUCAAAGAGAAGGCAUUUCUUCGUGACCAUGAAAAUUCCCACAGAAGAGAAAAGCCCUACGAAUGUCCCAAGUGCGAUGCCCGUUUCUCCAUCAAGGGAUCUUACGAUGCCCACGUCCGGUUACACGAUGCAAAGGAUGAAUUCAAAUGCGAAUACUGUGGUCGUGGAUUCCGAACAAAAAGUUUGCUCAAAGGACACCUUACGGUUCACUCGGAAGAUCGUCCGUUCAAAUGCCAUCUGUGUCCGAUCACGUUCACUCAGCAGCGUCUACUGGAUUCCCAUAUCGAGUUCCACUUGGGAAACAAACCGUUCAAAUGCCAGCAGUGUCCGGCAUCGUACCGUUACCAGCGAGAUUUGCGGGGCCAUGUCCGUGAGAAGCACGAAGGAAUUCUCAACUUCCAGUGUACGUUCUGUCCGAAGGCGUUCAACCGGAAGAAGCCAUUGAUGGUGCAUCUGAAGACGCAUGAAGCAAUCUAAUGUAGGUUCGUGUCUCUGUGGA